UGAAUGUCCCAUGAGACCUGUGUGCUCAGGUCAGAGGUCUUCAUCUAUUAUCCCUCUGCGGCUGUGAGUGUGUCUCCUCUGGUUUCCCACACUCUGCCUUUCACCGCACUAACAAAAGAAGUGUGCUCCAUUAGUCACCUCAACUGACCAUUUAAAAGGAGAUUCAGUAACUAAAAAUCAAUAACAAACAAUUUGGAAGAAGAGUUCAUACCAUUAGUUUUAUUUACUGAUGAGAAAGUUUAUUUUUAAUCUUACCAAAAUCCUUGGGACUCCCACAUGAUUCAUAACAUUCACUUGAACAAAGAUAUCCUUACAUCUCUAGCAGCAAGAAUGUGAUAGAUUUCAGUAUGUGAACUGAUAUCCCAUAAAGGAAUAAUUUCAAUUGUCCAGUGCAGCCUACUUUCAGUUUAACAUGGAAAUAUGUGUUUACUGUACAUCCCUUAAUGGCUAGAACAUUUUAAAAAUGUAUUUAUUGGUACAAAAGCAAUGGAUUGUCAAUAAUAAAAAUACAAAAAAUGACAACAAGAACAAUAAAAAAACAAAAACAAAAAACACUUUCUGUUGCCCCCAUCUGCGAGUAUGACAUCACAAUCUAGAUCAGUGGUCACCAACCUUUUUCAGACAAAGAUCUACAUGCUUCUUCCGAGAAAAGAGCAAGAUCUACCAACAUGAACGUAAAUAACAACAAAAGUGAUCAUGUUUAUAGUUCCAGACAGCUUUAUUGUUUCAAUAUGGUAACUUAAGGAACACUCAUUACAAAAUGGGGACUAAAACACUUUCUGCAAGAAAAAAUGUGCAACUGCAAUACAAACAAAAUGCAAACCAAAUGCAGUGAAAGCAACCAAAAUAGUGCAAAUUUGAUCACUAAACAGCAUUAAGGGUCAAUGAGAGAAGUUCUAUUAUUAUCAAACUCAGGGUGAUGAGUGAGUCUGAAUUUCCUUGGGCAAUGUUUUGAAGUUUGGUUUAUAGUUGCAGACAGCUAAACUGAGACAAUCUGUGAGGUGCCUAUCAGUCAGACUGUUUCUGUGCUUGGAUUUGUUGAUUUUCAUUUGUGAAAAGACCACCUCACGCAGAUAAGUUAAACCAAAGUAAGUGCUCACUUUCAAUGCACAUCUAGUAUCACAAAUUGUUGAAUUAAACUGGAGAUCUAUCGGGGACACGGCAAAGAUCGAACUGUUGAUCGCGAUCUACAGGUUGGUGACCACUGAUCUAGAUGGAAGAAGGUUGUGUUGGGUGAAGAACAUCUAAAGCAAGAAAACUGUGAUUUUGUGUAAAUAAUGAAGAUUUUUGAGGAACAGAGUAGCUGAUAUCCAAAAACAAUGACUCAGGGCAUCAAAAUUUUAAUAAAGCUAAUGUAAGGCUAUCUAUUAAAUUCAAGUUUUGGUGUGUUCUUGUGUAUUUGCGUUCCAUGACAUGAAAUGCUAUACUUUGCCAGAGAUUCUCCACUUUAUCAAACUCCCUAGGCAUUUUAUAGAAUGACUUGUAGUUGCCUGUAACAUAUAUACAACACUAUGGCAUGAUUUUCAGAAGAGGGGAGAUAUUGUACCUAUGAGUGUGUUCAAAGUCAGCCCUGUUCCAUAUGGAGGUGAUUUCACACACAGACAAAAAAAAAUCAAUUUUUAAAAAAUCAAUUUCUUUUGUAAUUACAUAUAUCUUCUUUGAGUAUGAAUUAGCAGUUUGUGUCCUCUCCUCACUUCAAAUAGUGUUACAAAUCCAACAUUUUUGCUCUAGUUGUGUGAGCCUUUCUGAAAGUAGACCUCCACCAUUGUGAUCCUUUAGUGAAGAGAGCAUUACAGGAAUUAGUGAAAGACUGCUUAGUGUUUUAAACCUUCAUCAGCUCUGACAAAAUGUUAGCCAGAAAAUACAAAACAACUACAUGAAAAAGAGAACAAUACAUACAUUUUAAAGUCAUCUGAGGUCCAUUCUGUCCCAUUAGUUGGAAAAGAGAGGUUUGUAAAAGACUGUGUGGCUAAAAUAAUUAACAUAAAGACAACAGCAGAAGAACAGAGAGAAUGGGCUUUAUUCCUGACAGAACAUUAAACAGAAGAAUUUGGAUAGAACAAUACUUGUUUCGGUCAUGUGACUCACACUUUGUUUUACUGUUAAUGAAGAGCUCAGAUAAACACUACUCAUGUAGUAGACGAGUGAAGACGACUGCACACAGACAGAAACAAAAACAGGUUCACAGCAACGUGUUUAACAAACAGGCCUUCCAGUCUACUCGUAAAAAGUUACACUUGUGAAUGCACUUUUCAAAUGUAAAACUUUAGCCAAUCAGAGACUUUCCCUCCAAGUGCGUGAUGAUGUCAGAGUGUGUCUCCAUGACGACACUGGGGGCAUCUGUUCCUCAGGCCCCUCAUGGUUCAGUGCACCCACAACACAAAGAGUGUGUGGGAAACAGAGGGACACUUUUUACUCAGGACUAAAGACACAUGUCACAUGACACACAUCUGGCACCGGCUUUAACCAGAUCAUGUCAGGACUUGUCUCACUGUUCACCUACAGUAUGGUCAGAAUAUCUGUGAUCAAAUAAAGACACAAUAUAUGUGUUAAAAAUGAAAACUUAGUUGUUUUAAUUGUUUAUUAAAUUAUCUGGUAACUGCUUCACAAGGGCAAUCUCUCGAAACCCUUAUUUUUUUAUUGUAACAUUUUUUGGUAAAAAACUAAAUAAGAAUAAUGUAUUUAUUUAAGGCUGUUUAAAAAUAACUGAUGUUUGUAAGGUUCAGAAUCUUAAGAGAUAAACUUGAGUUGAACAGGCCACAGUGCUCUAGAAGAGAUAUUUAAAUGGUCAGUUGUGACGAGGUGACUAAUGGAGCACACUUCUUUUGUUAGUGCGGUGAAAGGCAGAGUGUGGGAAACCAGAGGAGACACACUCACAGCCGCAGAGGGACAAUAGAUGAAGACCUCUGACCUGAGCACACAGGUCUCAUGGGACAUUCACCACUCACUGUCCCUCACUUUUACACCAACUUUUAAACUUGUGUUGUUCGUGAAGAACCUGUAUGUGCAGAAUAAACUGUUGGAGUGACUGUACAUGUCAUAGUUUAGUGACUUCUGUUUGAGGCUGAGAUGAAGAGGCGUGUGCAGUGUCCACCUGCUCCUCAGAGCUGACCUCAGGCCACAACAGCAUGUGCCAAGCUCCAGCUCCCAUUGUCAGUGCUGCGCUCUGAUUGGCUGAGAGUGUGAGAAACUAGUCCCAGUCCUAGACCCACACAUUCAUAUGGAGAUGUGGCUCUAUAAAUAUGAAGCUGAAAGAGCACACAGCAGACUCUCUCCACAGAGCUCUACAGCUCACAUCCACACAUGGCUCCUACAAUCACUGCAGCAACAGGCCUCUCUCAGGACCACCUCAGCCUCUCUCACAAGCUGAGAAAGCCUGUGGUGGAGAAGCUGCGCAGAGAGAGGAUCAACAGCAGCAUUGAGCAGCUCAAGUCUCUCCUGUGUGCAGAGUUCCUCCAACAGCAGCCAGACUCCAAGCUGGAGAAAGCAGACGUCCUGGAGAUGACCGUCACUGUGCUCACACGUCUGCAGCAGCAGAACAAGACACACUUCCUGUCCCAGAGCCUCAUGAAGAACUCUCAGCAGAGCCACUGCACUGAGCUGCACAACCACAGCAGCAAUUGCAAAGACAAGAGUCCAGUGAGCAGCGCCCCCUGGAGGCCAUGGUAGAGCCUGCACCUUGCUCAGACUGACAGUAACU